GUCCAGCAGUCCGCCGCCCGAAAUUACAGCCAAUUUCCUCCUCCCCGUUUCUGUGCGCUGCCGGCGAGAGAGCACAGCAGAGUAAGGCUUCCUACCCUUUCUGUUCGGCGGCGAAUCAGAAAGCAAAGCAGCCGAGGGCGUUAGAGAGAAAGUGAGAGUGAUAGAGAUGCAGAGGCUGAAAGGUGGAUUGGCGAGAACAGUAAAACAGUACUGCUUGAAUAGCAGAAAUGGGAUACACUGUAAUCCCCACCGCCACCGAAGCUUCUCUGCUCUCCCUAACUACGCCGCCGUAAACGAUGCCGAUUUCCAAGACCAGGUUUUGGUGGAAGGAAGAGCAAAAUCAAGGGCUGCAAUCCUCAACAGACCCGAUUCUCUCAAUGCGCUCACUCCUCCUAUGGUGGGUCGGCUUAAGAGAUUGUACGAGUCAUGGGAGGAAAACCCGAGUAUUGGAUUUGUGUUGAUGAAGGGUGGUGGCAGCAAGGCCUUCUGCUCCGGUGCUGAUGUUGUUUCCCUAAGCCAGAUGGUUGAUGAUGGGAAUAUUGAAGACUGCAAACGAUAUUUUGAGAUGUUGUACAAGUUUGUCUACCUACAAGCAACAUAUUUGAAGCCACAUGUAGCUAUUCUGGACGGGUACACUAUGGGAUGCGGAGCUGGAAUUUCAAUUCCAGGAAUGUUCCGCUUGGUCACUGACAGAACUGUUUUUGCUAAUCCAGAGGCUCAAAUAGGUUUUCAUCCAGAUGCAGGGGCUUCGUUCUAUCUAUCCCGCCUGCCGGGUUACUUAGGGGAAUACUUAGCUCUCACCGGAGAUAAGCUUAAUGGGGUUGAAAUGAUUGCAUCUGGCCUAGCAACUCAUUACUCAUUGCAUUCGAAACUUGCUUGGAUUGAAGACCGACUUGGUAAUUUGAUCACAGAUGACCGUGAUGCCAUUGAAACGUCUCUCGCACAUUAUGGUGUCAUUGUCCAUCCGGAUAAGACAAGUGUCCUUCAUAAGAUAGAGAUAAUUGAUAAAUGCUUCAAUCGUGAUACAGUGGAAGAGAUUAUUGAUGCCCUGGAAAAUGAGGCCAAGACCUCUUCCAGUGAAUGGGUUAAGGUAGCUCUUAAGAAACUGAAACAAGCUUCUCCACUAAGCUUGAAGGUUACCUUGCACUCUAUACGAGAAGGUAGAUUUCAGUCUCUUGAUCAAUGCCUUUCUCGUGAGUAUCGAAUGUCAAUAGCAGGGAUCUCAAAAAAGGUUUCCAAUGACUUCUUCGAGGGUGUACGAGCUAGCUUAGUCGACAAGGACUUUGCUCCAAAGUGGGAUCCUCCAACAUUAGCGGAUGUGAGUGCAGACAUGGUGGACAGCUACUUCUCACGGCUAGAUGAAUUUGAGCCAGAUCUGGAGCUCCCGACAGCAACACGCGAGCCAUACAUUUGAGAAAGGGGGUUUGUUCUAAAGAGUGGAUGUCACAGCAAGCCGUCGACCCUUUUUUUUUUUUUGUUACUCUUCGACGAAAAUGCUUGUUGAGGUUAUAGUACCAUUCAAUGCAUAAUCUAGUUCCGGGCCUGUAUCUUGAUUCACCCAACAGACCUGGUAUUGGUAACAACACUUAUCAAACACUAGGGACCAAAUACUGUAAAUCAUGCUGUUUAUUUUCCUGUUUUGUUCUGCACCAUAGUUAGCAUAUUAUUGUUGACUCGUAAUCGGUUUGUAUUUUCUCAUUCAAUAUCAAUACGAACCUAAUCAAUUCCCAA